UCAUCUUCCACCGGCCUUCCCAAAGGAUCACGGCUUUUUUGGCAGCCGGAAGAGAUGUGAGAAAAACCCAGUAACACCAUUUUGGACAAUGUGAUGUAUACUACCCAGAAUACCAAGCGAGGAACACCGUGGCGCCUAGCCAAUAAAGGGCCGGAAUAGGCCGGGUCAGGGGCGGGCGCCGCUAAGGCGGGACUUCCGGAUGGACUUCCGGCGCCACGUGGGGCAUUUUUGUCUCUACUUAGAGAUCAACCACGUUGCGCAGAGGUUCCAGAUUACUGGGUAAUGGUGAAGAUGCCGUGGUGGGGAAGGCGCCAGGGCUAUGGUUCACACAGCACACAGGAGAGUAAGGAGCUGGGCGACCCUGCCUGGGUGAACAGGACCAAAGCCGGGACAGGGGUCGCCAUGCCCUCGGUGUCCUCAUCUUCCGCCGUUACUUCUCCGCCUUACCCACAGCCUUCGUUGGUGGCCUCCCUGAGAGGCGCGACUGGGGUUAGUGUGACCUUUGCGGACAUUGCCUUGUAUUUCUCCAGGGAAGAAUGGUGCCUCCUCAGUGACCAUCAGAGGCACCUGUACCUGAGUGUGAUGGUGGAGAACUUUGAACUUAUAUCCUCGCUGGGUUGCUGUCAUGGAGCAGAGCAUGUGGAAGCAUCAGUUGAACAGAGCUUUUCUGUAAAAAUGUCACAGACAGAGAAUCCCAAGUUAGUUGUAUCUUCCAGGAAGAGCCACCCUUGUGAGAGUUGUGGGCCCGUCUUGAGAGACAUUUUUCAAUUUAUUCAGCAGCAUGAAACACAGUAUACCCUUAAACUGCUGAGGUGUGGGGCACGUGCAAAACAAUUUUAUUUGAGUACAAACUGUCACCAGUACCAGGAGCAACAUGUGGGAGAAAAGCCUUUCAUAAGAGUUGUGGACAGGAUGUCUGUUGGGAAGGGCUGCAAUUUUGAUGUGCCACAAAAGCUUUUUACCUGUGUGGAGGUUGGACAAGACAUCAAUACAGGGUCAAGACAUCAACAACAGGCUACUCAUACCAGGGAGGAGCCAAUUAAAAUCUCGACAUCUGAGGUGACUAUAGGAAAAAGAAAAAAUUAUUCUACCCCCAAUGAAUGUAAAAAAGUUGUUGCUUGUAACGACACGUUUUUUGAGAACAGUGCUGUUCAUACUGCAAGACAGUUUCUUGUAUGCCAUAUUUGUGAAAAACAUUAUACCAGAAUGUCUAGUUUUCGUUAUCAUCAGAGAAGUCACACUGGAGAGAGACGUUAUAAGUGCAGUGAAUGCAAGAAAUCUUUCAUCAGUGGCUCUGGCCUUCAUUAUCAUCAGAGAGUUCACACUGGAGAAAGGCCUUAUGCGUGCAGUGAAUGUGGGAAAACAUUUACCAGUAGAACUGGAUUUUGUUAUCAUCAGAGUGUUCACCGACCUGAAAGUUCUCAUGAAUGCAGUGAAUGUGGAAAAUCUUUUACCAGAAUCAGUGUUCUUCGUCGUCAUAAGAGAAUUCACACAGGAGAAAAGCAUUAUGAGUGCAAUGAAUGUAGAAAAUCUUUUCCCAAUACCACUAAACUCCUUUAUCACCAGAGAAUUCAUAAUGGAGAAAGGCCGUAUGAGUGCAUCGUAUGUUGGAAAUCUUUUACCAGUGAUAGUGGCCUCCGUUAUCAUCAGAGAGUCCAUACUGGAGAAAGGCCUUAUAAGUGCAGUAAAUGUGGGAAAUCUUUUGCUAGUGAUAGUGGCCUCCGUUAUCAUCAGAGAGUUCACACUGGAGAAAGGCCUUAUGAGUGCAGUGAAUGUAGGAAAUCUUUUACCAGUAGUACUGGCUUCCGUGCUCAUCUGAGAGUCCACACUGGAGAAAGGCCUUAUAAGUGCAGUGAAUGUGGGACAUCUUUUACCAAUAAAGCUGGCUUCCGUGCUCAUCAGAGAGUCCACACUGGAGAAAAGCCUUAUGAGUGCAAUGAAUGUGGGAAAUCUUUUGCCAGUGAUUCUGGCUUCCGUAUUCAUCAGAGAGUCCACACUGGAGAAAGGCCUUAUGAGUGCAAUGAAUGUGGGAAGUCUUUUUACAGUAGCAGUAAUCUCCGUUAUCAUCAGAGAAUUCACACUGGAGAAAGGCCUUAUGAGUGCAGUGAAUGUGGGAAAUCUUUCUCUGAUAGGUCUAGCUUCGUUUAUCAUCAGAGAGUUCACACUGGAGAAAGGCCUUACGAGUGCAGUGAAUGUGGGAAGUCUUUUUACAGCCACAAUGGCUUCUCUUACCAUCAGAAAUUACACAGGAGUUAGGCCUUAUGAAUAUACUUAAUGAGGGAAAUCUUUUAGCCAAAAUUCUAACCUACCUUCUCAUAUAAAAAUUCACAUGGGGACAUGGUCUUAGAUGUCUAGGAAAGGUACUUUUUCCCCCCUGUUCACAAAUGUAUAGGGAAAGUUUGAAGCCUUGUGUAUCUCUCACAAUGAAAUAUCUACAAUAAGGAAAUUCUCCAGAAAUUGUUUUUUAUGUGGGAAGCAUAUGUAUCUAAAUUGUGCUUUCUGAUUUAUCCAGGUCUAUGACAGAUCCCUGUCACUGCAUGCUUCUGUUAAUGAAGAGAUUGCAUCUGCAUCAUGUAUAAGGUUAUCACAGAUGUAUCAGUCACCUUUCUAAUGUGCUCAUGGAAGAUAAGUUAUCUGGUUUGUUGGAGAAAAUUAGGAGUAGCCUAACUUUUUAGAUCUUUCUCCUUUCACUCUCUCUAGUUGGCGCAUUGACAACUCAUUACCGAUCCAGAGAAUAUAGAAUCCAGCUGUCAGCAUGCAGGGCUUUUUUUUCAUGGUUAGGUAUGAGUGAUACAUUUUUGAGUGCCCAUGUCACCAGUGCAAGAACUGCCAGGCUCAUUGCCUUUUGGAUUGUAAAUAAUAAAGGCUUUUUUUCUUA